AUGGGCGACACAUUUCCAAAAUGGUCAUUUAAGGAAACAAAUGAGCCACACAUUGGAGGCCCAUUUCAACAAAACGGACGAAAUAUGAAUAAAAGCCAUGAUCUGAUAAUUAAAGAUCAUUGCAUUUUGGUCAAGAUGAUUGCCGAAAUUUUGCAGAUUUCCUGCAAAAGGGUUUCCAGUAUAAUCUGUGAUAAUCGUGACAUGCAAAAGCUCUCUGCAAGACAGAUUCCAAAACUUUUCAAUGCAGACCAGAAGUGGAAUUACAUGAUUGCUUCCAAAGCCAUUUUGACACAGUUCUAUACUAGUGCUGAGGAUUUUGUGGCCAAAUUUGUGACUACAGAUGAAAUGUGGUUUCAUCACAAUGAUGGUGAGAUGAAGGAGCAAUAA